GGUAACAGUUUCCUUAUCCAUGAUUUCAGCACCUACACAAUGUCAAAACUUCCAACCACCGUUAGCCGUCUUAGGUUGCCUCAAGGCUCGAAGCUGAAAGCUCCAGGAUCACCCCUGAAGCGACAAGGCAGUGGUAGUGGAAUUUCAUCGCCGGCAAAGAGAGCCAGGCUUAGUUCAUCCACCUCCAAUGAACCUGAAGAUUCAGCACCAGAGAUGCGACCACCUGCAAGGCGAGUUGCUCGACCCACUGUUACUGGUACACUUCGUAGAUCAGCUUCUAUGGCUAAUGUAUCAGUGAAUGGACUAAGAGAUCGGAAUUCUAGCAAGAGUAACUUAGCCCAGUCAAAGAUAGGAGCAUCAACAUUAAAUUUUUCUGGCCGCCCUUCAAACAUAUGUGCUUCUACUGCUCUAAGGUCAUCUGGAGUAGUUGGCCGCAAACCAGGAACUAACAUAACCAAUCAUGUCAACAACACCCACUCUUCUGUUAGCAAGAAUUCCAAGACAUUGCCAGCAGCCAGUAAGGACAGUGAAGAGCCAGUCACUAAAGGGAAACCUAAGAGAGCAGCCUGGGACCUCAAGGGACGUCUUCAGGACAUGGAAAAUUUAGUUAAGUCCCAAACAGUAGAGAGGGAUAAUUUCAUUGCUACGCUUGCGAAUUAUAAUUUCCGUAUUGAAAAUCUAGAACUGGAGAAACAGAACCUUAAUCAGAACCUGCAGAAGACACAAACACUCUCUCAAGCACACCAGGAGGAAGUUGACAGACUAAAGCAUGAUCUUAGAGUGCAAAUUGAUGAAAGAAGUGCAGAAAAGCGAAAUUUAGAAAAUACAAUCCAUGAUUUAGAAUUCAGGAAAUCUGCUCUUGAACGUCAGAUGAAGUCACUGGAGGCGGAACUUGCUGCACGCCUGGAUGAAUUGUCUGGGCUUAAGGUUUGUAUUUAAUUUGCUUGCUCUCAU